UGCCAUUACAGUGCACGUUUACCUAACCUGUUUUGCAGAUGGGAUUAAUACUGGCUCUAGGUCAUACAAAACAGCCAGCCUAUGCUAAUAGCUAAGGAUCACUGAUGGAACAAGGAAGCCUGCAGUAAUUGGACAGGUUGAAAAAAAAGGCUACUCCAGAGAAGGUAUUUACAAACUGUUAUACAUCUUUAGCACUCAGACCCAGAAAGAAAGCCACAGGCAGAGACGGGACAGCGAAGGACUGCAUUUUUUUAUCCAGCUCUUGCUCCAUUUCCUGGGCUGAGUACUAACUGCAAGAAUGAGACUGGCUGCACUCCUGCUAGCGACGGGGCUGUAUGGACUAACUCUGUGCCAGAACCAAGACAACUUCUUCUGGUUGUCGUACCUGCGCGAACGCUGGGCUGGCUACAAUUCCUUCAGAGGGCAGGACUCCGUGGGCUCCCCGGGCAGAGAGUGCCCACUGGAGUGUGACUGCCUUCCCAGUUUCCCCAUCGCCAUGUACUGCGACAGCCGCAAACUGGGGCACGUCCCCUUCGUGCCGUCCCGGAUGAAGUACAUCUACUUCCAGAACAACCAGAUCACUUCGAUUCAGGAUGGGGUGUUCGACAACGCCACCGAUCUGGCCUGGAUCAUGCUGCACCGGAAUCUGCUCAGCACGGACAACUUAGGGGCAAAAGUCUUCUCCAACCUGCUGCAGCUGGACAGGCUGUACCUGGACCACAACAACCUGACACGAGUGCCCCAGGGACUGCCCAGGUCACUCAGGGACCUCCGGUUGUCCAACAACAGGAUCAGCAAGAUCCAGCCCGCUUCUUUCGAGGGGAUGGCCAACCUGAGUGUGCUGCUCCUCAACGAUAACUCGAUUGAAGAGGUCGGGGGAGCCUUGAAGGGGCUGACAUCUCUGUUGCUCCUGGACAUCAGCAACAACAAGCUUAAGAAGCUCCCCGACAGCCUGCCCGAGGGGCUGCAGCAGCUCUACCUGGAGUUCAACGGCAUCGGCUCCAUCCCCAGCGACUUCUUCCAAAGGUUUGCCAAGCUGCAGUACAUCCGCCUCUCCAAUAACAAGCUCACGGACGAGGGCAUUCCCUCCAACACCUUCAACUUCAGCAGCCUGAUCGAGCUUGACCUGUCGUAUAACAAGCUGCAGAAAAUCCCCCCUGUCAGCACCAGCUUGGAAAACCUCUACUUGCAUGCCAAUCAAAUCAAAGAGUUCUCCGUCAGCAGCUUCUGCUCGGUGAUCGACAUCAUGAACUUCUCCCAGCUGCGCGUGCUGAGGCUGGACGGCAACGAGCUCGCGGAGGGCGCGGUGCCCGCCGAGGCGGCCCUCUGCCUCCGCCUGGCCGCUAUCAUCGACCUCUAGCAGCUCGGAGCUCCUACCAGGACAGCGGGAGGACGGGAGCGGGCCAGCCUCGCCCACAGCAACCGGCAAUUUCAAGGAAACGAUGGGUUUGUCAAAUCCCUACCACACAACAAAAAAAAAAAACCACCAUGUAAGCAAGAUUAGACCUUUGUUAAAGUGUCAAUCUCUGCUUUAGCAUUGCAAGCAUUCAAAUAAAAUAGUGUGAAUGACAGGGACACCCAGCCUGAGGCCCUUCCAAAGCACUCCUCCGGUGAAUCUCACAACGAGCACUCCUGUGCCUGACUGUUCGCAGCAUCAGUCUGACAGACAAAGACGACAGUUUCCACUAAGGUGCCUUGCAAGGCUUUGGUGCUUGAAGGAAUACUCUAAAGUCAUCUUUAAUAUUUUUUAUUUUCUUUGUCAAUUUUCUGUUGUAUUUGUUGUUACCCAUAAAAUUAACUGGAUUAUCACCAAUUCUUUUAGUUAAGAUGUAGGCCAGAGUGUUUCCCAGGACUUCACUCCAUACGGUGAGUGAGAGUUACAGUCUACAGAAAGCAAUCCAACCAGUUUUUGUUUUAUUUGCUCUGCAUUUUCAUGACAUAUAUAGAAUUCCGGGUCAUCAUGCCGACCUCUGACCUCUGACCUCACCCUCUGAGUCUCCGUAUAAGAUCUCCAGAGCUACAUUCUCAACAACAUCUUUGGCCCAGAACACUUCUGCAAGGGGAGAAAUGGGAAAUAGGUACACAGCAACAAUGCAUAUUGAGUUUCCUUUAUCAAACGCUGGAAACAUUAAUAUGAAUGAUAAGUUAUUAAACACCAUUCCGGGUACUUAUUCAUGGCAAGCAUUCAUAGUAUUUGCUUCAGGAGAGAUUCCUUGGGCCAGUCUGACUACUUCCUAACCUUUAAAGACACUGAAUACCUAAUCUCAUUUGUAACUUAUUUUCCAAUGUUUAAAAAAACAUUUGCGAGACCUAAAUUAAAAAUACUAUGUGUCUGAAAUGUUCUAUUCCAGGUUAAUUAAGUCCGUUUAAUCAAAUAUUAUAUUGUCCUGUUAUUGCAAGCCUCAUUAGCUUACAUAUAUUUAAAUGAUAUUUUAAUAUUACUUAUUUAUCCCACCGAACAAACUGCAUAGGUAUUGCAUGCUUAUGAAACAUGUUAAAUGCCUUCAAGA